AUGGGAAUGCUGGAGCUAUGGCAAUUCACAUGGCUACUAGCUACAGCUUGUGCAUUAGUGUCGUUCCAGAGUAAUUUCUGUCGUGGGUUCGUUCUACAGGGCAAAAUGCGCACUUCCGCACAACUUCCUGGGCUUUGGCUGCUGCAUCUAGAAGUGCCUAAGAGCUACUGGACGUGGUUUUACCUCAUUGGAGCACUGCACAGCAUUUUGAUGCUGUUGGUUGCACUGUUUUGGCAGAAGAUGCAAGUAGUUCAAGAUGUUUUGCACUUUGCACAUCCUUUAGAAGAGAUUGAUGUUGUUAUGAUCCAGCCACACAUCAUCAGGUUCUUGACUCUGUUUGCAGUGCAUACUACUCGACGCUUCUUGGAGUCACUACUGGUCACUGAAUUUGGAGACGCCAAGAUGCACGCUUGUAUACUGUUCGUAGGCACGUAUCACUACGUUGUCACAGUGGUGUCUGUCUUAUUCGACCCGGACUCAAUUAGAAUGCAUAAAGAGACCACGCUGCGUCAUGUGAUGCUUGGAUGGGGCAUCGUGCUUUUCGCCUUUGCGUCUUAUCACCAAAUGCGCUGCAACUACCUUCUUGCCAAGCGAAAGCGUGCUAACUAUAUGAAGCACGUGGUCCCCCAUGGCGAUUGGUUCGACACUGUGCGCAACCCACUCUACACGACUGAAAUUAUGCUGUACGCAAGCUUCAUCCUAGUGACGGGGGGCAAAACCGCCAUGCUUUACUUCGUGUCUGCCUGGGUAGUUGCAAACCAGGUUCUCCUCGCUAACAUGAGUUCUCAAUGGAUCGAGAACAAGUUUCGUGAUCGACGGAAUGAACUGCCCAAAUGGAAACUCGUGCCGUUUGUUUGGUAA